AUCGAGGUUGACCAGCAGCGGGAAUGGCGAGUGUUUUGAGUUCGGCUGCUAAAAAAAUGGAGGAAAAUAAUUCAGGAAAACCACCGUGUAAGUACGGUGCAGAAUGCUAUCGUGAGAAUGUACAGCACCAGGCAAACUUCUGGCAUCCUAAGAAGGGAAAACGCAAAAGUGAUAUUCAGGAUGAAGAUGAUGCAAGUUCUGUUAAAAAGAGAAAGAUUGAUGCUGCCUCUGACUUGACAGAGAAGGUCUCGGAAGAAGAAGCAGGCAACGUCUCCCCAGAAAACGGGAGCGAAGAUGAGGUUGAUGAGAUACAAGAAAAAGAUGAUGCAGAAGAAUCUGAUGAUUCAGACGAAUCUGAAGACAUCGCCCUGCCUGCCACACCUACAAAUCUUAACGCUAGGGAGGAGAUUGAAUGGAAGUUUAAGAUGAAGAUGCCAGAAGAUUUCUAUGACCUUUGGAAGUUCUGCAAAAGUCUUGACAAAAAGAAUCCUAAAGAUGCCCUGAAGGAGACACUAGGAUUGCAGUUGGUGGGUCCGUAUGAUGUUCUAGCAGGAGAACUUAAGAGAACCUCUGAGUCUAAGAGAGCAUCUUAUUGCCUUCACUGGAGGUACUACUACGACCCUCCAGAAUUCCAGACAGUAGUACGUGGGGAUGAUGAUACCCAGCAUCAUCUUGGAUACUACAGGGAUGAACCAAGUAAGUUGCCAUCGUUUGUGGGAGCCAACUCUGCAAAGAAAAACUGCAUUAUUUCACCCCAAGGAGAAAACAUCUUCGCUGCUAUAAAAGCACACAUGGACAAGCUUUGCAAAACGAAUAAAGAUAAGGCUGAGCAAAGUAGAAUCCAGUCCCUUCAGAAGCCACUCACUGACUGGGCCAAGAAGUCUGGCCACUCGCUGGAGACGAAGACUAAAGACAUGAAAGCAAGAGAUAAGAAAGUAGUAACAAGAACAUUCCAUGGAGCUGGUAUUGUGGUACCGGUGGACGCCAGUGGUGUUGGGUAUCGGGAACUUCCAGAAGCAGAUGCCAACCUGAAACGUAUCUUCAAGAAAAUUGUUGACAGCGAGAAUGACUACGAACGCAACAAGCACUUGGAGCCCCUCGACGAGAUCAUCAGUUUCGUUCAAUUUGCCAAUGAUGAAUGCGAUUAUGGUGAGGGGUAUGAGCUUGGAAUCGAUCUGUUCAUGUUUGGCUCUGAUGCUUUUGAUCGCAUCAUCUUGAACAUUCUACCAUUGGCGUAUAUGCUCCUCGGCCGGAAAGAAUUUGGCACGAUUCUUCAGGCGCAUAUGAAAGACAGGCGGAAGGAAAACCUGAGUAUGAUAUAGAUGCGACCGUGGCGGAAGUUCUCUUUCUGGAUGUUAGUUGGGAUAUUAUCCUGUGGAGUAUAAACAGGCCUGGCAGAACACGCAGGCCUUGGAGGCCUUGGCCUCUGUUGCCCCUGGUCUUGGCCUUGGUGCCCUUCAAAAGUUUCCCAUUGACUUUGACUUUCAGAUUUACCAAUAGAAGUGCCUUUUGCAAAAUGAAAAUGGCCUUGCUCUUUCAACAUUUGAAAUUCUUGGCCUGGUAUAAAGCUCAAUUGUAUGGGGGAAAAGGAAACCAGUGUUUCAGUGCUCAGUAGUCACUCACUCACUCCAGCUAGACAGCUCGGGCCCGUUGCGCUGAUUGAUCUCCUAGUCCACAGUUCGUGGCUACAUGUAGGUUCAAGAGUCUGUCAACUUGACUUGGUGGACCCAGUUGCUUGAUUCACGUUGUCCUCGAAUGGCAUCAUCUUGUUCGCCAGUAGUCGCUAACCAAUAAAUGUAUUUGGUAGCAUGACUAAGCAUCAACUGAUGCACUAGGUCUUCCUCAAAGUUCAGGCACCAAGAGAGUGUCAUCUUUAUCACGCACAGUCUGAGGAAACUUUCCUCUUUUGUCGUUGGUUUUAAAAUCUGAUUUUAUUCGGGUCACAAGUUAUCUUGAAACUGUGUCACCAACUCUGAAUUCAAAACCUUAGCAGUGUUCUCCAUUGACCCUUUAGAGACCAUUUAUCUGUGUAUAGCAUCACCAUAUGUCCAGACAUCAUGGUGUGAUUCUUGAUUUUUGGAAACCAUUUUUUUAUUUGUUCGGAUAAAACUCACAAAACACCCUGAAAUUUUGUGUUGUUUUAAAAACAGAGAUAAUAUGUUAACAUGGAGAACUUGGAGAAUGUUGUUUCAGGUCAUGACCUUUAUAUUAUCUAUUUGGUUGAGUGGAAGCUGUUCAACUCUUGCAGCCAUUUAAAGUCGGCCUCUAAGGGCAUUUUGGUACAAGCUGUUUCCAGCUGUUCUGGUCUCUAAAAGGUUAUAAAACAGUGGUUUGUUGGCUAAAUGCAAGUUAAAACACCAGAGGACUUAGUCAGAAACAGCUACUCCAGCUGGCUAGUUGAUUUCUUGAUAGUGCUACACGUAUGCCACUGAUUGCUAAUUUUGGUGCAUAGUCCCAUGCUAGUUAAUGUUGAAAGGAUGUUGAAAAAUUCAGACCAGUGAAAAAGCUAGCGAAAUGACAAGCUAGCUGGUCCUGCUGGCUAGUCGCUGAAAAAGUUAAGGGCAAACCCUGCUUACAUAAACAUCUAGUUGACCAUAUAUAGCAAUUAUUGUUCCUUUUCACAUAUGAUACGUUAAAGGUUAAAAAGAAUCAGACCUCAAAAUAUGUAAACCAAUAAAAAACAAAAACAAGUUUUAGUAAGAUAAAAACAGCAUUCCUUUUUAUUCAUGGAAAUAUAAAUAUGUACAUCCUCAAACUUCUAAGAAGUUGUAAAUUAAAAUAAAACAUGUUUAUAUUGAGUUGGAUAAAAAAAAGUCACAACUGUUAAUCAUGAUCAGUCAAUAACUCUUUACUACUUUGUGUUUAUCUGAAAAUAUUAUUUUGUAUACAAAUUACCAGAAUAAAAACUUAUGAAGAGCAUUACAAACUUUCAAUGAGUCAGCGGACUUAAUUAGUGACAAAUUUGUAAAAACUAAUAUAUGAUUCUGUGUAAAAAAUAAUAAAAAUAUUAUUUACAGGUUAUAUUAUCUUAACUCUACGCAAUCAAAGAUUGUUAAAAAAGAUACUGUAAGUCACUGAGUUCCAAUCUUUGGACAUUGUGCGUGAUUGUUUUUUCUUCAAACAAGGGAACCCAAGACUUGUGUUGGCUAAUGCUAUUGAAUGUGAGAAGCAGAUAAAUGUAGAUGCUUUACUUUGUCUAAUUAUUUGUAUUCGUCUUUUUGGCCAAUUAAGAAUGUGUGGGCUUUAGAUACUGUCACGUCCUCAAAGUUACUUGAAUACUUUAUGCAGGAAAGGGUUUUUGAGAAAGUAAAAGAAAGUUGAGGAACUCUGUUGGCAGCCAUGUUCACUUUCACAGUGAAAGUCAUGUAUCAUUAUACACGUACCUUACAUAAUUACAACAUAAAUUUAUCCGUGAAGGUUUUUGUACAAUAGUAACAAUGCUUUUAUUUUGGAAUUUUCCUUUGUUCUAGUUUGGUGUGUUUAUUUUGAGAGUUGGCGAAAUAAUCUGCUUGCUAACUAGUGUAUUGUUUGCAUUCACCAAGUUGCAGUUUAAAAGGCUCUGUAUUGAAAAUAAAGUUACAUGUAAGCUUAA